UUUGGCGUGUUUUUCCUGCGGUUUUGGGUGUAAAGUUUCGAUUUUUACGUGAAAUCACGACCGGAUUCUGGUGCUGGAUCGGCGACUUGGCGUGGAUUAGUUGUUGUGGGUGGUGGUGACUGGAUCGACCCGGUAAUUCGAUUGGGAUGGGGUGGUUUGGUUUGGCUUGGUCAGAGCUUGACUUUUCGCGAGCCGCCCCCGUGGACUCAACCGCUGUCUUUUUUGGAAGUCACCUGAUUUGGACAUGUAGAUCACCUACUUCGGCAUAAUUGCACAACAAGCUUAGGAAGCUUGCGUCUUUGAAGAGUUUGGCUUAAGUGGUGCUUAUUUGAUCUUAGCAGCUUGCAUCAGAAUUUCAGGACGGGUCAUGACUGAAUUAACUACUGUAGUUGGUGGAUUGGAUUAUGUGCUAGAACAACCAUGAGCUUACCGCAGUGGAAUGAUUGUUUCUAGGACCAAAUCUUGGAAAGUAUCAGUUGCCUGAAAUUUUCAUAAGACCCUGGUGUAUCAGCUUCAUAUUUGAAUUACCAGAGUUUUGUGGUGAUGAUCCCAAGAUUUUGAGGAGAUAAAACAUAAAAGUACCAUACAAGUGUGGCAGUGGGGCCAGCAAGGAUAUGACUGUCAUGCCGCCUCAGCGCCAUCGGGCUGCGGCCAAGAAGCCCAUGUGGAUAAUCGUGCUCUUGUCUAUGGUUUCUAUAGUGUUGAUUGGGGCUUAUGUGUUCCCACCACGGCGUUACUCUCAAUGCUACCUCUUUGCUUCAAGUGUAUGUACACCUUUCAAGAAUUGGCUCCCUUCUAUUGGCCGACGGGAGCGGACUGAUGAGGAGAUUAUUUCAUCUGUAGUUAUAAGGGAUAUCCUUGCAAUGCCCAUGCCCGUGUCAAAAAAUCCAAAGAUCGCUCUUAUGUUCUUAACACCUGGUUCAUUGCCCUUCGAGAUAUUGUGGGAGAAGUUUUUACAGGGACAUGAAGGAAGAUACUCCAUCUAUGUGCAUGCAUCACGCGAAAAGCCUGUGCAUACUAGUUCUUUGUUUGCUGGUCGAGAUAUUCACAGUGACUCGGUAGUAUGGGGAUUGAUUUCAAUGGUUGAUGCCGAGAAGAGACUAUUAGCGAAUGCUCUGGAAGAUGUUGAUAAUCAAUUUUUUGUCUUGCUUUCUGACAGCUGUGUUCCGCUGCAUUCAUUUGAUUAUGUGUAUAAUUAUCUGAUGGGAACGAAUGUUAGCUUCAUUGAUUGUUUCAAGGAUCCAGGUCCACAUGGCAGUGGCAGGUAUUCUGUUGAGAUGCUUCCUGAUAUAGAGGAGAGGGACUUCAGAAAGGGUGCCCAGUGGUUUGCAGUUACACGGAGACAUGCUUUACUGAUUUUGGCAGACAGCCUUUACUACAAGAAGUUCAAGCUGUAUUGCAAGCCAGCACAAGGGCGCAACUGCAUUGCAGACGAGCAUUAUUUGCCAACCCUAUUCAAUAUGGUAGAUCCUGGUGGAAUUGCUAAUUGGUCGGUUACGCAUGUGGAUUGGUCUGAAGGAAAAUGGCAUCCAAGGUCAUAUGGAGCUGCAGAUGUCACCUAUGAUCUCUUAAAGAAUAUAACAGCUAUUGAUGAGAACUUCCAUGUAACAAGUGAUGACAAGAAACUUGUGAUGCAGAAGCCGUGUUUGUGGAAUGGAUCAAAGAGACCAUGCUAUCUUUUCGCCAGGAAGUUCAAUCCUGAAACUCUUGACAACCUACUGAAGCAAUUCACCAGCUACACAUCUGUUUGAGUCCAAACUGAUUCUUUGCCUUGGGCAUACGGUCUCAAGCUCAAAUCCCACAAGCUUUUUUCCCUGUUUAUGUAAAUUGUGAAAUCCGCACAUCUUAACAAGGAUCUGGGCCUAAAGACACCGAUUACCACUGCAACAACUGCGAGGGCUUGGAUUUCUCAGUCCCAGGGAAGGGCCACAGCAAUGUUUAUAGAAUGGCACUGCCCUCAUAGUAAUUUGUUGUGCUUUAUCUAUAUUUCCAUUAGCCUUUCACCCCCCCCCCCCUCCCUCGUUAGUUACUGGCUCUCCAAGAACAGAUUUCUGUCAGGCUGUCAUACUGUAUUAUACGAUCCAUUCUUUGUAGACUAAAAGAGAUAACAAGAGAAGUACCACGUAACUUUAUAAUCUUAAUUUGUUUUUGUUCCGGAAAGGUUAAUCUAUUGUCGUGAAUUUUAGUGUGCA